AUAAUUCACAGUGGGCUAGUCCAACUUCCUGUACGUGCAAUAUUACAGGUCAACACUAGGGGGCGCCCCUGGUGAAAACAGUUUGCAGAUGAUAAUGGCGAGAAGAUAACGAAAAUAAGGUACCACAGAUGGAGUGGUGGAGAUGGGGAGCUGUGCUGGCAGCAGUCGUCUCUCUAAGUCUGUGGAGGGACCUGAUCCUUGCCUCCCUUGGACUCUCGUCUGUCGAUGAGGCCAAGCCAGAGUAUGACAUUGUUAUUGGCAUCCUCUCAGCCAGGGAGAAUUUUGAACAGCGUCGGGCUCUACGAGCAACAUGGGUGGGCUACAUACAACAGCAUCCAGACUACAGCAGGAGGAUUCUGGUGAAUUUUAUUGUAGGGAGCGAACCCUGCCCAGUCCCACCUCCUGACAGACUGGACCCCUUCACCUGCCAGAAACUGGUCUUGUCAGAAUCAAUAUGUGCAGGAGAGGUGGUGGCCCUCGGCCUGGCCUCCCAGAACUCUCUCCCCAGCAGCCAGCGGCAGACAGGGCCGGUGGAGACCCACUUCUCCGUCCAACACCCUGUGGUCAUCACAAAACUGGGUGUGCUGGGAGGGGAUAUAACCGGUGAGGGUGUCAGAGUCAGGCUGGUCGACUCGGCUGCCAAGGAGGACUUACUAAGUGUUAAUUUCACAUCAGAUGACCCAGGACUUCACACAGGGGGCAACAUGUUUAAAGCUGUGCAAAAUUAUGUUUUGCCAAAGGGUUUCCAGGGGACCAUAACUGUUGAGAGCCUGGCACCAGAUGAUGUAUUAUUGGAAACAUUUCCUUUGGAUCAGUUACAGCUUAACAACAAAGGAGGAGUACUUCAACUCACAAAGACCGUUGGCUUCAUGCCUGAGUCAGGGUAUCUUCCUCACCACACCAACAUCCAGCAGCAUACAGCAGCUACGUUCAUGUACAGAGUCUAUGAGCCUGAGUUCCUGGAGCAGGCCUCUCAGGAGCUCCGUGCCAAAGACUGGUCAGGAAAGCUUGGUGCAGAGCAGAAACGUCUGGAGAGGGAGGUGGAACAGUAUGGGGACAUCCUCCUGGUGCAGGGGGUGGAGGUCUACAGAAACUUACCAAGGAAAAUACUGGAGUUUUACAAAUGGGUCACAGAAAAUGUGAGGUUCAACUUUACCUUGAAAACUGAUGAUGACUGUUUUAUUGAUAUGGACAAAAUAGCAACGGAGAUUGAGAAUCUCAAGCUUCGUGAAAAAAGCAAAGUAUGGUGGAGUAGGUUUCGUAGUGGCUGGGCUGUGGAGCACCAUGGCAAGUGGGGGGAGCAGGACUACACCAGCCCUGUCUACCCUGCCUUCGCCUGUGGAGCAGGCAACAUCCUGUCAGCUGACCUGGUCUCCUGGUUAGCCAAGAACACACACCAGCUCAGACCGUAUCAGGGAGAAGAUGUCUCCUUGGGAAUCUGGCUGGCUGCACUUGGACCAAAUCUUAUAUCUGACCAUUCCUGGCAGUGUGAGGAAGGUUGUACAGCAGGGAUGUACUCUUCCCCUGAGCUGCAGCCCACACAGCUGAUGACCCUGUGGAGUAACCUGCAGAAGUGUGGGAGUGCCUGCCAGUGUUCAUGAUGUACCACUUUGUCCAUCCAGCGGGCAAAAGAAAGGCUUGGCAUGUAACGUUACAUAUGAAAAAUCAGACGUUCAGUGGAGAAAAGUCCAUUCCUAGCUGUAUGAGGUCAAGGUUGUACUACCAGUAAUCGGAUCUUCCAGUGUCUGCAAAAGACAGUAUCCAUUAGCUGUAUGCAGGCAAACUGGACCUUCUAUGACUGGCCAACUCCCCCAGCCAGCUACAUUCUUUUUAGUCCAGUUUCUAUUAUAAUAUUCACCCCGCAAUGGAGUCUGGUAGAGACUAGGAAAUGUUCGUCCAUGAAGUACACCAAUCCAUCCAUCCAUCCAUGCAAGGAAAACAUCACAGUGUGCAAUGUAUAUAGUGUUAUGUAUUGUAACUCCAGAAUGGAGAAAUAAACAAUUUCUAAAA